AUGGCAUCCCAGAAACGUGGCGGAGGUUUCAAUCACUAUGGACGCGAUCAGCACCCCAAGAAGCACCUGCCGCAACAUCGCAUCGGCGUAGGCUAUAGUACUAAUCCACCAGCGCCUGAGCUGUCCUCGAAGGACAUGCAGACAGGCUUGGUAGCUUUGCUGGACAGGUUUGUCGCAGACGAGGCUACUAUGGGUGCAGACAAAGAUAUCCUACAUCACGCUCACCAACUCCGCCGACUGCUCUGCGCGCGAAACGAUUCAACCUCUUCCAAAGCGAAGCGCGAGCUUGACGAGAAGAGGCCUGACAAGGCAGUCAAGGUCGCCAUACCCGAAUACGUCGAGCGCACAGUACGAGCUGCCCAGGACCUACCUCCUCUACCGCCUAUCAAAGAACCCCAUCUCCACGAAGCCGUCUUCACUCAUCGUUCCGCCAUAUUCGACCCUAGCAUCCCAGGCUCGACGCUCGGCGAGGAUCUUAGUCUAGACUACGAGCGACUCGAACUGCUAGGCGACGCCUACAUUGAACUUAUUGCCUCGCGCGCCCUCUACAAUCGCUUCCCACAUGUCGAUGUCCCAGAGCUAUGCAUGUGGCGCGAACGACUGGUUGAGAACGUAACUUUGCGCAAGUUUUCCAUCGCCUACGGUUUUCCAGAUCGACUGAAGCACCGGGCUGUAUGGGACAAAAACUCUAAGCAAUACCAGAAAGUAGUUGCCGAUAUCGUCGAAGCCUAUGUUGCAGCAGUCGUGCUGUCGGAUCCAGAGAACGGAUUCGAGGUCGCGGAAGCAUGGCUCACUGAGCUCUGGGCACCACAACUCCUCGGCUUCAGGGAGAAGAUUAUCGAAAAUCCUCAAGCCAGAGAUGAGCUCAACAAGCUUGUCCUCGGUAAAGGUGUCAAGCUCAUGACUAAAGAGGAGAGACCUAUGACAUACGACUCGAAUAGCGUGCAAUGCUACCACAUUGGUAUUUACCUCACUGGAUGGGGCUACAAAGACGAAUGGCUUGGAAGUGGCGAUGGUCAGAACAAAGUGCAGGCUGGUGUUGCUGCGGCUGCAGACGCCUUGAAGCGGAACGGCCCGGUCUUACAGGACGCUAUACGGCAAAAGAAUGAGCUGAGAGCGGCACGACUGAAAGAACAAGAAGAGAAGGAAAAGGCUGCGGGAGGCACUGAACAUCAGGCGACCCUCAAUCCCAAAGAGCCAAACGGUAAUGUGCUAGACGACCAAGAUGCUCUUCAAAAGAAGCGGAAAAAGGAAGAAGAGGAUGUAUCAAACGAGAGGAAGAAGCAUAAGAAGGAGAAGAGGGAGAAAAAGCGCAAGAUCGCGACUGACGAUGAUAGCUCCUAG